UAAGAAAGAUCAAAAUCUAACCAUCAAUCUUUAAAACCCAUUUUCAUUUCUUCCAUCUAUCCUCUCUAAAACCCUAAUCCCCACCCCUCUCAAUCUUUCAUCUGCCCACCGGCCUCCAUCUCAUUCUCUAAUUCUCUAAUUCUCUAAAACUCUUAAUCCUUCAACUCCAUUGCUUCAGAUCUUUUUUUUUUUUUUUUUUUAAAAAUCCAUCACUUUACAAUGAUCACUAUCUAUGAGUCUCUCUCAUCAAUUUCUGAUUCUCAUCAUCGCCGGAAUGUUUGUUAAGUUGAGAGUCUUGUUGUUGCCAUUGAAGGAGGGACCAUCUUGUGAUUGUUGUUGUAUCAUUGGUUAUGGAUUUCUUUAAAGUAAGAAGGUUUAAGAAAGCUCGUAAGCCCAAAUCACAGGAAGAUCUAGAGGAGAAGCCGAUUCCACACCCGGAGGAACCAAACAAUGAGACUAAUAAUGUUUCUGGAAAAUCAGUUGCUAUGGAUGCUCCCACAGAUAUGGACGAUGAUGAUGAUGAUUUCAUCACAAAUGAGGUGAAGAGGAGAUUGAAAGAAUUGAGGACAAAUAUGAUCUCCCUUUUCGAUUUUGAUUUUUCUUCCCUUCUUGCUUCAUUGUUGUUGGAUGAUCUAAAGACCAGGUUAUGUAGAAGAUUUGAGCUAGAAGUUGAAGAAACAUCUUUCUUGCAAAUUUUUAAGUGAAGAAUGAAGAUGCAAUUUCAAGCACUGAAUUGUUUUUUUUUUUGCCCAAAUUUCUGUAAAUUACUGAAUUGUAGAUUCAUUUCUUUAAUUUUCUAGAUGUAAAGUUAAACAAUCAAUUCAAUUCAAAUUUGCUGUAACUUUUACUUCAUUGUAUAUGCUUUAACUUUUACUUCAAUAAGAAUGAAUUUCAUAUUCA